GCAGCUCAGUCGAAUUUUAUCCACCGAACAGACGAAAUGGCCUCUGCGAUGGCUGGGAUCGCCGCCACGCUGCUGGUGGUAGUCGCCGCGAUCAGCACAGCGGAGGGUGCGUGUCCGGCCGAGCUGAACCUCGACUGGAGAGAGUACGACGGCAACUGCUACUGGUUCUCCACGUUCAGGACCUCGUGGCUGGAGGCCAGGAAGGCGUGUCAGACCGAGUACCCGGGCGCCGACCUGGCUGCCAUCCACCACCUUGAGGAGAACUCGUUCAUUUCGGAGACGUUCUCCGGGAAGGACGCCUGGAUCGGCCUCAAUGAUCGGGACCACGAGGAUCAGUUCAGCUGGUGCAACGGCGACCCCGUCGACUUUCUGUACUGGGCCAGGGGCCAGCCGGACGAUCUGUGGUUUGACCAGGACUGCGCCCACAUCGACUACGACAGCUCCACCGGCCAGUGGGACGACGAGGACUGCGACGACGAAAAACACUUUGUCUGCAAGGUGGCCAGCGUCGCGGCUUAGUGGCUGGGGUGCUACAGAAAUAUCACAUUUGAAUGAUGGAACUACAUGGUUUUAGAGCAGAGGCAGAUGCGAAAUAUAACGGAAUACGAAUAGAA